AGGCGCAGCGCGUAUACAAUGGCCGCUGGAAGGAGGCUAAAGCAAACAAUUUUUAGGCCCGCGGUGAAACAAAAAUAUGAGAAAAAAAUUAAAAAAAAUUCGUAACAUUGUCUGAAGCCGGAAAAAAUAACGGGAAAGUGAUGUUGAGUGUUCCGCGGCCAUCAAAAAUGGGACACAUCAAAUUCUACUCACCACCUAGAAGAAUUAGUGAAACUGGCUGAGAACACUGUACGUGAAGUUGGAAAUAGUGUUUUGAUUUUUUUUUAUAAACAACAUAAAGUACAGAGAAGGUUUUAGAUUUAUGAUUUGUAGAAAGCUGGGGCACAUUGACAAACAAAAUAUGGGCCUGAAACUGAUUCCAACUAUGGGAAGUGUUAAUUUCCACAAUGAAUAAAACUAGGAGGAAAAAUCUAUGAGCAGGAGGAGGUCUGAAGAGUUGAAGAGCUGCCAAUUAUGAAGCGAGAGGAAAGAAAGUAGCAAGUGGAGGGGGAGGAAAGAAAUAGGUCCUAAAUGCCAAAUGUAUUGAACACAUGAAACUACAUCUGAAAGAAGAAACCGAAGAAGUUAUAUCAGUGCAACUGGGCAAACACUAAGAGUCCAGUAAUUGGGUCUGCAGUGGACUGCGAUGGCCACUGUCAUCCCUUGUGCUCUUUUAGAAGUAACGGAAACUCAGAAGAUUCUAGCGGGGAAACGUAAACGUAGUGAGACCAAAUCCAGAAAAUCCUUUCCUUGUCAGUUGUGUGGCAAGAUCUUCACUAGUGUUGAGAAAUUGAAAGUGCAUUCAUAUUCCCACACUGGAGAAAGACCCUACAAGUGUUCGCACGGGGACUGUACCAAGGCAUUUGUGUCUAAGUAUAAAUUACUGAGGCAUAUGGCCACCCAUUCACCUCAGAAGAUCCACAAGUGUACUUACUGUGAGAAAAUGUUCCAUCGCAAAGAUCAUCUAAAGAAUCACCUGCAAACUCAUGAUCCAAACAAGGAAGCCUUCAAGUGUGAGGAAUGUGGGAAAAACUACAAUACAAAGCUUGGUUAUAAGCGUCAUUUAGCUCUGCAUGCUGCAACUAGUGGUGACCUUACUUGUCGAGUUUGCUUACAAACAUUUGAAAGCACAGGAGUAUUACUGGAGCAUCUGAAGACGCAUGCCGGCAAGUCAUCAAGUGGCACAAAGGAAAAAAAACACCAAUGUGACCAUUGUGACCGUUGUUUCUAUACUCGUAAAGAUGUUCGAAGACAUAUGGUAGUACAUACAGGAAGGAAAGACUUCCUUUGUCAGUAUUGCGCCCAGAGAUUUGGUCGGAAGGACCAUCUGACCCGUCACAUGAAGAAAAGUCACUCGCAGGAACUGCUGAAGGUGAAAACAGAACCAACAGAUUUUAUCAAUCUACUUAGUUCAAAUACUUCGUUGUCAUUAAAAGAUGAGCUAAGUCCAGUGAUGUCAGUAGUUUCUAGUGAAUUGACAACUAGAUCAUUUACAAAUACUUUGCAAAUGAAUAUCUACAGUGCCCAUAUUCAGACCAUGCAAACAUUAGGGGCAAACAAUCAAAUGAUCUCUACUCCAUUACCUUUAGGAAUGGGUUGCCCACUAGAAAUUGAGACUUCAAUUUGCUCUCCUCAAGAACUUUCCUCAAAAUAUUUUCUUGGUUCUACCUCAUAUGCCAUUGCGCUGCCUGAAAAAGGACAACCAUUAAAAAGUGAAAUAGACAGUUUCUUAAUGGAUUUGCAUAGUGAUUUGCUUCCCUCUGCCCAUGACACUCAAUUAUCCUCAUCAAAACAAGGCAUGGAGUCCCAGCCAGGGUCUCUGGGUGAUGGAUCUGGGGAUAUUUUGCUUUCAAAAAGCCCAGCAUUCGUCAAUGAACCCCUGAAUACAUCGUCCUUAGACUUUUCUCAGUUAUUAAGUUUCUUACCGCUAAAUAAUUCUUCAUACAAUCAGCCAGUUUCUUUGGGCAAUUCUGGUAUGUGUUAUACACAAGAAGAACCUCCCUCAUCUCUAAUUCCUCUCCCACCGCUGUACCAGGAUUCACACGAAACUGGUAACAGCAUUGGUCUCAAUGCUCUGCAUCCCUUAUCUACAGUCUUCACAACUAGCUUAAGCACAACAACCCUGCCACGUUUUCACCAGGCUUUUCAGUAGACAGUAGAACAUUUCUUAACUAUUUCAACUUCCAAUGAUUGUAAUUUCAAUUAUCCUGAUGAAACAUUAAGAAAUUGAACUGUAAACUCUUUAAUGGCUUGUAACAUCAGUGCUAAUUUGAAUCACCACCAGUGGCAAGCAAGACCAAGGUAAAAUGUACAGCACAGUACUAUUUAUUUUUGGACAUGAUAGGAACAUUCUUAUUAGCACUUGGUUUAUAAUAAUAUACAAUGGGGAGCAAAUUUGAGUCUAAAGCAUGAUUAAUAGAGUCGUGGACAACCUGGAGGUUUACAUUUAGAAUUUCAUACAUAAUAACAGUCCUCAACGCUAUCAUUGUAAUGGUUGUUGAGUUCUAAUUUUAGGUUGUACUGACACCAAUAAUUAGUCUUUCAGAACUGUAUAUCAGAUGCAAAAAAAAAACUGCUGGAGUAACUCAGCUAGUCAGGCAGCAUCUAGCGAGGGAAAGAGACUGUCAAGAUUUAUAUCAGAUAGUGACUGCAAAUUGAAACUGAUUUAUACCUGACAAGCAAACUGUAUUCAGUUCUUGAAAAUAUUGCUGCUCUGUUUAACAAUUUUUGCACAGUUCCAUUUCAUAGAUCUUUGAGGGUGCAUUUAUGCAUUUAAAAAAUGUUUGAACACCAAAAAACCUUUUGAACUUUGGCCAUAUCAAUGCACCAAAGUUGGUUUAUAACCCAUUGAUUUUUAUUUAUGAAAAAUGCUGAGUAUAGGUGACCUAUUUUUCAAGAAAGUUUGGUGGUGAAAACCUUUAAAAAUAAUUAAACAUACCAUCAGAUAAGACAUUAAAACUUGUAAAAAUCCAGAAGAUAAUUUUUAAUUCCUUGUAAUGACGUGGAAUAUAAAUAAGAGUUUUUCCUAAUUUAAAUUGAUUGUGUACCUUUUAAAUUAUGUGGCAUGUACUGGAGAUUUUAUAUUAUACCAUAGGUUGUCAACUAAACAUCUGAAUCAGACAUAUGGAUAAAAGUCACAAAUAACUUUCAGUUUUGAUCUUGAAUGGUAUAAAAUCGUCUAUUAGAUUUUUGCCCACAAAUAUGGAAUUUUUACUCAAAAUAAAAGAGUGAAGUGAAGACCCAAGUUCUCUAAACAAAGCACAGCCUUAAGAAGUGAGGAAAUAACUGGUGAAAGAUAAUAAAUAUCCUACCAAAAUGUUACUUUCAUUUCUAUUCAUUUUGUUGGUCAAAUUCUCACGGUUCAAUACUCAAUUCUUAUUUUAAGUUUUAGAUAGAUAUAUCAUUACUGCCACAAAGAGCAAAUAAUUAUCCGUAGUAGCGUAUUUUAAGAAACAAUUUGCUAAUUUGUCCAUCUUUGUGCAGUUAUGCCCAGUGAAGCCUUUAUCUCAUAUUAAAUCAGACUCAGCAGGUCAGGCAGUGUCUGUGGCAUGAGAGAGAAACAAAAUUUUGGAUUGAUGAUCUUUUUUUCCUUGUAUGUAUCUCACGUGUAUAUUAGUACUUUAAUUCAGAUAGGCAUAAUAGAGAAUUAUUAAUUUGGAGUUAAAUGGCAGAAUGAAAUUCUGUUUUGAACAUUUUUUUUGGUUACUAUUUGUGGCAUUGUACUAUUCAGAGUACAUGAAUGUAAUUUUUUUUCUACAGAAAUGUAAUAUUAAUUCAGCUGUUGCAAGAUCUGUGAUCAUGAUUUAAUUAGCGAUUUGAUACUUGGGACAAACUGACAAUUAGGACUUUGAAUCUAGUAUAGUAAAGUCAGAUUUAAUAAAGCAGCUACCAGAAUGUGCAACAAUCUAGAUUAUUGUUUGGCUGAUGACACAGAAAGGUUUUUAUUGAAAUUCAAACAAGCCUAAGAUAAUUGAAUAAAAUGUUAGGAUAAUAAUAGAAAUCAAAUGAAAACAAAAAUAUUUUAAACUAGGUCUGAUGUGGAGAGAAUAAUUCAUGUGAAGAUCUCCUGAUCUGAGAGGUAAUCGGAAAAGUUGACUGGUCUGUACUUUCCAUUAAUGCCGAGUGCUUUUAAGUUGGUUGUGGUUUUGUCACAUAGGUGAUUUGAAUAUAUUACCUUGUGGAACGCUGAACCAAAAUAAAUUGUGCCCAAAAAGGUAGAAAAUACGGAGCUGCCAAAGGAAUUAUUUAGCUCUGUCCAGUGUGGUACUUUAUAUUAAAACCACAGUUAGUCUUUGUAUUCUUUGUUAUAGUUAAUGCUAAAUAGUUGAUGCAAUAUUUCACUGGUUCACUUGUGUAGUAUUGGAAUUUGUGUACAAAAUUAUGUUUUCCUUCAUAAUGUAGUAUUGACUUAUUGAACCAAUAUUUGAACUAUUCAUCAACCAAACGUGCUUUCAACAUAGUUGCUUUACAGCGCCAGAGACCCGUGUUCAAUCCUGUCUACAAGUGCGGUACAGAGUUUGGAUGUUCUCCCUGUGAUUACGUAGGUUUUCUCUGGGUGCUCCAGUUUCCUCCCAUAUUCCAAACACGUGCAGGCUUGUAGGUUAAUUGGCUUCUAUAAAUUGUCGCUAAUGCGUAGGAUAGAACUAGUGUAUUGGCACGGACAUGGUGAGCUGAAGGGCCUGUUUCCACACUGUAUCUCUAAACUAAACCCAAAGGGAUAUAUAUAAUUCAGUGCUCAGAAGUGGAUCAUUUGCAUAUUCUGCAGAUUUACCUCAUCAUUUUUGAGGCUUUGUUGGCGAACCCCCAUCAUUUUAAUGUAAAUUUCAGUUGCUAGCACUAGAUGGGUUUGGAAUAUCAGCUCACAAUUAAACUCACAUCUGCACAUUUGGUUCCAUUCACUUCCAUAGAACCAAAUCUUGAGAGGCAUGGACAGCUCGUGGCUGAUUUUCUCACAAACUUAGUCCUAGCAAUCAAAGACCAGUUUCUUCCCGUAAACCUGUGGCUUGCUCACUUAGAAUCAAUGUCAUUUUGUCAAUUUUACCAAAAGGCGGCAUACGUGCAAAAUGAGAAGCAACCACUGGCCAGGUUAACCUAUUGCCCAGACUAAUAAUGUUAUCAGCUCUUCCAUCAAUAACUAAAUUAUAUAAGAUUUUAAUAUCAAUUAACAUUUCAGCAGUUUUAUUUUGCAGUUCAAUUAUGAAUCUUUUUAUUUGUGAUUUAAAUUCAAAAACUAUUCAAGUAUUGAGAACAUGUUUUACUAUGUAAUAUUUUGGAGCCGAGACUUCAUAGGAUCAUAGAAUGUUAACCAGGAGGAGCCCUAUCAAUCCUGUUUGUGCUGGAUUUGUCCUAUUAGUCAUACGUCUUUCUGCUGACUGGAUAGAAUGCAAUAAAAGCUUUUCACUGAACCUCGGUCCACUUGACGAUAAACUAAACUCAUAAACCCAUGUCCUAUAUCCCUAUUUUUUGUCCACAACCCUGCAAUGACCUCAGCUUCAAGUGCCUGCCCGAAUCAUUUUUAAAAGUUUUAAUGGAAUCUUUUACUGUGUUUCCUACACUGUUUCAUUACCUACAUUGUAUUAUUUCCUACAUUGUAUUAUAACCUCCUUCCCUCCCCCAAUCUAGAGAGCAUAGAACCUUUCAACAAACCUGCAAUGAUCUCUGCUUCAAGUGCCUGCCCAUAUAAUAUAACCAUAUAACAAUUACAGCACGGAAACAGGCCAUCUUGGCCCUUCUAGUCCGUGCCGAACACAUAUUCUUCCCUAGUCCCAUCUACCCACGCUCAGGCCAUAACCCAUCAUUCCUUUUCCGUCCAUAUAACUAUCCAAUUUAUUUUUAAAUGAUAAAAUCGAACCUGCCUCCACCACCUUCACUGGAAGCUCAUUCCACACAGCUACCACUCUCUGAGUAAAGAAGUUCCCCCUCAUGUUACCCCUAAACUUCUGUCCCUUAAUUCUCAAGUCAUGUCCUCUUGUUUGAAUCUUCCCUACUCUCAGUGGAAAAAGCUUAUCCACGUCAACUCUGUCUAUCCCUCUCAUCAUUUUAAAGACCUCUAUCAAGUCUCCCCUUAACCUUCUGCGCUCCAAAGAAUAAAGACCUAACUUGUUCAACCUUUCUCUGUAACUUAGUUGCUGAAACCCAGGCAACAUUCUAGUAAAUCUCCUCUGUACUCUCUCUAUUUUGUUGACAUCCUUCCUAUAAUUAGGCAAUCAAAAUUGUACACCAUACUCCAGAAUUGGCCUCACCAAUGCCUUGUACAAUUUUAACAUUACAUCCCAACUUCUAUACUCAAUGCUCUGAUUUAUAAAGGCCAGCACAACAAAAGCUUUCUUUACCACCCGAUCUACAUGAGAUUCCACCUUCAGGGAACUGUGCACAGUUAUUUCCAGAUCCCUCUGUUCAACUGCAUUCUUCAAUUCCCUACCAUUUACCAUAUACGUCCUAUUUUGAUUUGGCUUGCCAAGAUGUAGCACCUCACACUUAUCAGCAUUAAACUCCAUCUGCCAUCUUUCAGCCCUCUCUUCCAACUGGCAUAAAUCUCUCUGUAGACUUUGAAAAUCUACUUCAUUAUCCACAACACCACCUAUCUUAGUAUCAUCUGCAUACUUACUAAUCCAAUUUACCACACCAUCAUCCAGAUCAUUGAUGUACAUGACAAACAACAGUGGACCCAACACAGAUCCCUGUGGCACCCCACUAGUCACUGGCCUCCAACCUGACAAACAACCAUCCACCAUUACUCUCUGGCAUCUCCCAUUCAGCCACUGUUGAAUCCAUCUUGCUACUCCACCAUUAAUACCCAACAAUUGAACCUUCUUAACCAACCUUCCAUGAGGAACCUUGUCAAAGGCCUUACUGAAGUCCAUAUAUACAACAUCCACUGCUUUACCCUCAUCAAUUUCCCGAGUAACCUCUUAAAAAAAUUCAAGAAGAUUAGUCAAACAUGACCUUCCAGGCACAAAUCCAUGUUGACUGUUCCUAAUCAGAUCCUGUUUAUCCAGAUGCUUAUGUAUAUUAUCUCUAAGUAUCCUUUCCAUUAAUUUGCCCACCACUGAUGUCAAACUAACAGGUCUAUAAUUGCUAGGUUUACUCUUAGAACCCUUUUUAAACAAUGCAACAACAUGCGCAGUACGCCAAUCCUCCGGCACUAUUCCCGUUUCUAAUGAAAUUUGAAAUAUUUCUGACAUAGCCCCUGCUAUUUCUACACUAACUUCCCUCAAUGUCCUAGGGAAUAUCCUGUCCGGACCUGGAGAUUUAUCUACUUUUAUAUUUUUCAAACGUGUCAGUACUUCCUCUUCUUUGAAUCUCAUAGUUUCCAUAGCUACUCUACUUGUUUCCCUUACCUCACAUAAUUCAAUAUCCUUCUCCUUGGUGAAUACCGAAGAAAAUAUAUUGUUCAAUAUCUCCCCCAUCUCUUUUGGCUCUGCAGAUAGCUGUCCACUCUGACUCUCUAAUGGACCAAUUUUAUCCCUCGUUAUCCUUUUGCUAUUAAUAUAGCUCUAGAAACCCUUUGGAUGUACUUUCACCUUACUUGCCAAAGCAACCUCGUAUCUUCUUUUAGCUUUUCUAAUUUCUUUCUUAAGAUUCUUUUUACAUUCUUUAUACUCCUCAAGCACCUCAUUUACUCCGUGCUGCCUAUAAUUAUUGUAGAUCUCUCUCUUUUUCCAAACCAAGUGUCCAAUUUCCCUUGAAAACCAUGGCUCUUUCCAAUUUUUAGUAUUUCCUUUCAACCGAACAGGAACAUAAAGAUUCUGUACUCUUAAAAUUUCACCUUUAAAUGUCCUCCAUUUCUCUUCCACAUCUUUCCCAUAAAACAAAAUGUCCCAAUUUACUCCUUUUAAAUCCUUUUGCAUCUCCUCAAAGUUAGCCUUUCUCCAAUCAAAAAUCUCAACCCUAGGUCCAGUUCUGACCCUCUCCAUAAUUAUAUUGAAACUAAUGAUAUUGUGAUCACUGGACCCGAACUGUUCCCCAACGCAUACCUCUGCCACCUGACCCGUCUCAUUUCCUAACAGGAGGUCCAGCACCGCCCCUUCUCUAGUAGGUGCCUCUAUGUAUUGCUGCAAAAAACUAUCCUGCACACAUUUUAUAAACUCCAAACCAUCCAGCCCAUUUACAGAAUGUGUUUCCCAGUCUAUGUGUGGAAAAUUGAAAUCUCCCACAAUCACUACAUUGUGCUUACUGCGAUCUCCUUACAUAUUUGCUCUUCCAAUUCUCGCUCCCCAUUUGGCAGUCUAUAAUACACCCCUAUAAGUGUUGCUACCCCUUUCCCAUUUCUCAGUUCCACCCAAAUAGCCUCCCUAGACGAGCCCUCUAAUCGAUCCUGCCAAAGCACUGCUGUAAUAUCUUCCCUGAUAAGCAAUGCAACACCUCCACCUCUUGCACCUCCAAUUCUAUCACACCUGAAGCAACGAAAUCCUGGAAUAUUUAGUUUCCAAUCACAGCCCUCCUGCAACCAUGUUUCACUGAUCGCCACAACAUCAUACUUCUAGGUGUCAAUCCAGGCUCUAAGCGCAUCCACCUUUCUUACAAUGCUCCUAGCAUUAAAAUAUACACAUUUAAGAAACCCACCCUGUCUUAUUCUCUGUUUAUUGUCUUUUUCUUCUUUCUCCCCUACAUUUUGGGUCAGAGUGCUACCCUUCUCUGCCUCCUGCCUCACACACUGACUGCUAGCUUUCCCAAUUUGAAUCCCUCCCCCCAACCGUUCUAGUUUAAAGUCUCCCCAGUAGCCUUUGCAAAUCUCCCCGCCAGGAUAUUGGUCCCCCUCGAGUUCCAGUGCAACCCGUCCUUUCUGUACAGGUCGCACCUUCCCCAAAAGAGGUCCCAAUGAUCCAGAAACUUGAAUCCAUACCCACUGCACCAGUCCCUCAUCCACGCAUUUAUCCUCCACCUCGCUCCAUUCCUACUCUCACUGUCGCGUGGCACAGGCAGUAAUCCUGAGAUUGUUACCUUUGCAGUCCUUCUCCUUAACUCUCUACCUAACUCCCUAAAUUCUUCUUUCAGGACCUCUUCUCUUUUUCUACCUAUGUCGUUGGUACCUAUAUGCACCACAACCUCAGGCUCCUGUCCCUCCCAUUUCAGGAUAUCAUGGACACGUUCAGACACAUCCCUGACCCUGGCACCAGGGAGGCAAACUACCAUCCGGGUCUUCUGUCUGCGGCCACAGAAUCGCCUAUCCGACCCCCUGACUAUAGAGUCCCCUAUUACUAUUGUCCUCCUCUUCUUUUCCUUACCCUUCUGAGCAACAGGACCGGUCUUUGUGCCGGAGGCCCAGCCGCUGUCGCAGCCCCCAGGUAGGCAGUCUCCCCCAACCGUACUUAAACGUGAGUACUUAUUUUCAAGGUGUACAGCCACCGGGGUACUCACCAGUCCCUGCCACUGCCCAUUGUCCUUCCUAACUGUGACCCAGUUGUCUGCCUCCCUUCUUGGAGGUGGUCUUGGAGUGACCACCACUCUGUAACUCCUGUCUAUGACCUCCUCGUUCUCCCUGACCAGGCAGAGGUCAUCGAGUUGCUGCUCCAGGUUCCUAACACGGUCCCUUAGGAGCCCCAUCUCGACGCACCUGGCGCAGAUGUGAUUUUUAAAAACUUUUUUUUAACUUUUACAUUUAAUAUUGUAUUGUUUAGUAUUAACUUUUUUUAUUAUUACCUCACCCCCACCCUAGCUACUGGGCAUAGAACUUUUGUCCCAAAAAGUCUCUUGGAUCACCUCUUAAUUUUUUUUUUUGUACUAUUCUUAUAACUUAUAUAAACUCUUCUUGCAUAUAUGUCAUCUAUCACUGACAAUGUCGUCGUACACCUCUGCUCUUAAAACUUUGCAGCCUUCUUGAAAUGUGAUCCAGAAUUAUUCAUAACGAUAUGUUCUGAUCAGUGAUUAAGUUCCAGCAUUAUUUCUUUGUUAGUUUGUUCUGCUGCUCCAUUUAUUAAUCGGAAUCAGCAAUACGCUCUUUUAAAAAGACAAAUUUUCAGCUCAUCAACAUAAAAAUAAUAUUUUCAUAUCGAGGUGAGCUCAUUAUAUUUGACUACAAAGGAUAGAAAAAGUCUAAACAUACAAACAAGUAUUGAAUGCCCAUCUUUCUGCACUAUAUAAUUCUGUCUCAUUUGAAGUGACAUUAGAUUUGCAACAUCUGAUCUGGGUAUUAUUAGUCCAGGAAAUAUAGAGACAUAGAAAAAUAGGUGCAGGAGUAAGCCAUUCGGCCCUUCAAGCCAGCGCCGCCAUUCAAUAUGAUCAUGGCGGAUCAUCUAAAAUCAGUGCCCUGUUCCUGCUUUUUCCCCAUAUCCCUUGAUUCCUUAGAGUUAAAGUCUAAAACUCUCUCUUGAAAACAUCCAGUGAAUAGGCCUCCACUGUAUACUGUGGCAGUUUUUCUCAUCUCAGUCCUAAAUGGCCUACCUCUUAUUCGUAAACUGUGACCCCUGAUUCUGGACUCCCCCAACAUCGGGAAUUUUUUCCUGGCUAGAGUCUGCCCAAUCCUUUAAGAAUUCUAUAUAUUUCUAUUAUAUCCUCUCAUCCUUCUAAAUUUCAGUGAAUACAAGCCCAGUUGAUGAAUUAUUUCAUCAUAUGUCGGUCCCGCCAUCCAGGGAAUUAACCUGGUGAACCUACGCUGCACUGCCUCAAUAGCAAUAAUGUCCAUCUUCAAAUUAGGAGACCAAAACUGCACACAAUACUCCAGGUGUGGUCUCACCAGGGCCCUGUACAACUGCAGUAGGACCUCCUUGCUCCUAAACUCAAAUCCUCGCGCAAUGAAGGCCAACAUGCCAUUAGCUUUCUUCACUGCCUGCUGUACCUGCAUACUUAUUUUCAGUGACUGAUGUACAGGCACACCCAGGUCUCGUUGUAUCUCCCCUUUUCCUAAUCUAAUACCAUUCAGAUAAUCUGCCUUCCUGUUCUUGCCACAAAAGUGGAUAACCUCACAUUUAUCUACAUUAUACUGAUUUAAAACCUUCACUGCCUUGUGGCCAUAUCCAGUUCUCGAAAAGGCUCCAGGAGUAAACCUCAAGAAAAUCCGGAGUCGGAGCCCCUAAGGCAGUUCGUCGUUGUCUACAACCUCGCUCUGGCAGCUCCUGCGACGGCGCUGGUGCCAAGCUGUAAUGGCCCUGCUGUUCCUUUGGAUCGAUCAGCGACAUGGAGAGGGGGGGACAUGCAGCUUGGGCAACAGCCUGUCCUCCAUAUGACAUCGCCCAGGCUUGCAUCCGACCACACAUCACCUGCUGCUCAAGCCGAGGUUUGGAGCAAGCAGCCAACAAUUAGGAUGCAUCAUCCAUGGUCAGUCAUGACCGAGGGGGGCCUACAUGCAUCUGCCACGCAUCUCCCACUCAUUCAUCCCAGCUCACACUGCCACCCAGUUUUGUGUCAUCUGCAAAUUUAAUUCUCCCGUGUAAAUCAUUAAUAUAUAUUGUAAAUAACGGGUCCCAGCACUGAGACUUGCGGCACCCCACUAGUCACUGCCUGCUAUUCUGAAAAAGACCCGUUAAUUCCUACUCUUUGCUUCCUGUCUGCCAACCAGUUCUCUAUCCAUAUCAAUACCCUACCCCCAAUACCGUGUGCUCUAAUUUUGUACAAUAAUCUCUUGUGUGGAACCUUGUCAAAGGCUGUUUGAAAGUCCAGAUACACCACAUCCACUGGCUCUCCCUUAUCCAUUCUACUUGUUACAUCCUCAAAAAAUUCUAGAACAUUAGUCAAGCAUGAUUUCCUCUUCAUAAAUCCAUGCUGACUUUGACCAAUCCUGUCACUGCUUUCCAAACGUGCUGCUGUAGCAUCUUUAAUAAUCAAAAGGAAGAUAAGUAAUUUGCAUAUUUUGGUAAUCUACUCAAUGGAACUUUCUGGAAAGAUACAUGUGGCCACCAGCUGAAGAGCUGCAAACUCAAGAACUAUGAACAAUUUCAAAAUAAAAGACUGCCUAUUUAAGAAUAGGAGUUUCAUUCGGGGGGUUACAAAUCUUUGCAAUUAUGUACCUUUGGAAGCAAUGUAGACUUCUUAAGGGGUUGGACAGGCUAGAUGCAGGAAGAUUGCUCCCGAUGUUGGGGAAGUCCAGGACAAGGGGUCACAGCUUAAGGAUAAGGGGGAAAUCCUUUAAAACUGAGAUGAGAAGAACUUUUUUCACACAGAGAGUGGUGAAUCUCUGGAACUCUCUGCCACAGAGGGUAGUCGAGGCCAGUUCAUUGGCUAUAUUUAAGAGGGAGUUAGAUGUGGCCCUUGUGGCUAAGGGGAUCAGAGGGUAUGGAGAGAAAGCAGGUACGGGAUACUGAGUUGGAUGAUCAGCCAUGAUCAUAUUGAAUGGCGGUGCAGGCUCGAAGGGCCGAAUGGCCCACUCCUGCACCUAAUUUCUAUGUUUCUUGAGAGCAUUUAAAUAGGAGGUUGGUAAGAUUGAAUGAUUGAAUUAAGGGAAAGGGCAAUUAGGUAAGAAAUCAGAGUAGAGGUCAGUGAUCAGCACAAAUGGUGGCGUAGAGUGAGCCAGUGAAUUACUUUUGCUCUGAUUACCUCUUCCCAGAUAUUCAGAUACUUGCCAACUUUAUAUUUAAAAAAUAGGCAUAUUUGAGAUGGUGCAGAAUGAAGUUCUGCAACAGUCACUGCAAAAAGAUGAGGAACUUUAGCAGGAUUUUAAAAUUAGUGGACACUUUAGUAAAGAGAUUUGCUUAAUUGGAUAUUUUGUAAAACUCAUUGAUCUUGAUCUAUGGUAGUACAUACAGGAAGGAAAGACUUCCUUUGUCAGUACUGAGGUACAGUGAAAAGCUUUUGUUUUGUGCUAAUCAGUCAGCGGAAAGACAAUACAUGAUUACAAUCGAGCCAUUCACAGUGCACAGAUACAUGAUAUAGGAAUAACGUUUUGUGCAAGGUAAAGCCAGUAAAGACCGAUCAAAGAUAGUCCGAGGGUCACAAUGAAGUAGAUAGUAGUUCAAGACUGCUCUCUCGUUGUGAUAGGAUGGUUCAGUUUGAUAACAGCAAUGACUACAGCAACAGUAAUGACUAUAAUACAUCGUAAAUAUUAUUAACAUCCAGAAACUGGCUCCAUCAGUAUUUAACAAGUGCAGUGUUAGUCACUCUACAACAUGGUUCAUAGUCUGCUCCUUCAUCUUGGCUGAUCACUGACUUCAAGUGAAAUUUCUUGCCCAAUUGCCUUAUCCCUAUAUUUAAUCGUCUAACUUUACCAGUGUCUGUUUUUAUAAAUAUACUCAACAAGCAAGGAUAUGUAAUUGCAAAGAAUUGCGACCCCCCCUGAAAAAACUUGCCUUGCUGCCAGACGGCCAAUCCUUUAAGAGGGAGGUGUCAGAAAUAGACUUUUCGGGCAAAAAUAAAAGUUCUGCAAAAUAUUAUGCUAUAAGAUUUGGCACAAUAUAUAAAGAAAAUCAAGAGAUCAUCACAACACAUUGUUUCUUUUUAGCUAAGUAAUUUACAUGGAUUGACAAUAGCCAAGUUCAUUUCUACAUUGUGCUAGUAAUAGCCUGCCUGCUUUCUGCUUCUGCUGCUACGAUAUAUAAUGCUACUUGUAUCCCAACAGCAUUCUCAACUCCAUUGUGCCAAAUCUUAUUGAACGUCUAUCAAAAAUCUAAUUGUCUUCUACCAUUUGGUUCCGCUACCCAAUGUGCACUUUACUGGUUGCAUCCUUCAGUCUCCUGGAUGUGACGAUCCCAAUUUCUCAUGUAAAGCUUCCUCAUGAACAAUGAACACCACCAUUUCCUGGCAAAUUAUGUCAGUUUAACAGGUGUGUAGUUUUUUUACUGCCUUCCAUUUUAAAAAAAUGGCAUUAUAUUUGUUAAUCCUUUCAUCACUGGAACCACUUUUUGUAUUUUGAAGAUCCUUAUUAAUGCAGUCACCAUUUUAUAAUCACCAAAACCCUCCUGGGGGAUGAAGGACAUUAGGUCUAAUUGUUUGGCUAUUAGUCCCAUAAAUCUUAGUUUUUUGAGGUCCUUUGCAUUAUAUCCUAUUUUAUCGUAAUUCUAUUUUUUCUUCUAUCACUUUAUGGCCAUCCUUUGAUUUGAUCUUCCGGCUUGCUAUUCUUCCUGAUUUCAGUGUGAGGCUUUUUCCUUCCGUGCAAUGUCUCAAUUUUAAUAAUAGAAUUUUCCUCAAUAAAUUUUACUUCUCAACAUUUUUGAGAAUUAUGAAAACGCAUUUCAAAUGUUUGCCAUUUUACAUCUUUGGUUGAUUUAUCAUUUCAUUUUACUCCACAAAUGAAAUUGGUAACUUUAGGCUAACUAUAGGCUAAGAUUCUAGUUUCAUACUUACGUUCUUUGCACUCGAACAUGAUGCUAAAUUCAUCCCAAUGAGAUCAGAUUUCUCUAGAGUAUCCUUUUAUCAUGAGCUUAUUAAUUCUGUCCUUACAAAAUGUACAUCCAUGAUGUUCAGCCCAUUUAACCCAAUGGGACUCCUUUUGUGAAUGUAUCCUGUAAAAUAUACUUGGCUGAAACUAUGACAUAGUAUAGCGAGUUUCAUAACUAUAAUUGCAUAAUUGAAAGGAGUAGAGAUAACGAUGCACAGUAAUAAAGAUGGGAGAAACAGUUAAACAUGUACUUCUAUUAUCCAUAUGCCAUAUAUCAGAAAUGGUCUGAAUUGUGUACGAAGAUACUUAAUUAGGAAUAUAGGGAUGCAUAAUUGUAAAUAAUUGUAUUGAUGCCCAAUUAUUUUUAAUUAAAUUAGUAUGAUCAGGAUACUACCCAUAACUUUAUAAUGACUUAUUAGCAAUGGAAGUUCACAGAAAACAGGGACAUUAGCAUUAUCUUCUUUGAUAACAAUAAUAAUGCAUUACAGUACAUAGUAUAAAAUAACUUUUUCAGAAGAGUUCUUCAUUUUAAUGCAUCGGUUCUUUAUACAAUAUUUUUUGAAUACAGGUUCUAUUAUGUUAAAGUCAAACUAAAAUUAAAUUAUAUUGAUGUACAAUUCGUUGUCAAACAUGGAGAUCACAUAACUAAAAAGGUAAAAAUCUAUGAUUUUGUUUCUUACAGUAGUUUAGUUUUAAAUGAUAAAAGGACGUGAGUUUGUAUUAGCAUUGGAAAUUUAAUAUACUUUGCCAUUGGAUGGAAAUCUAGACCAUAUUCAAAGAAUGUCUUUUUUAAUUUAAUUACUUUCAGAAAUGACUUGUGCCUCUGGUCAGCUGCUAUGUGGAUUUGAAAGUUAGUAUUUGAUCAUUUAGAAAUUGAGGUAAUGGGUUUUUAGUGGAAGACCAUGGUAUGCGCUUAGUUUUAAAGUAUACAUUAGAAUUUACUUUGGUUUUGGCUGUGAGGCAGACCUUUACUCAAUGCAAUAAGAUUGGUGCUGCUUGUGUAUAAUGCAUUAUUCAGUUGUGAAUUGCCAGUGCUGUUGAAUGGAUGGUUUCAUUUGCAUGGGUAGAAGAUUGAAGCAAGUAAUCAUUAAAAAUGAUUAUCCUUGUGUUAAAUCCAUUAGUUAUAGGAUAAAGUGAAUAGUUCAUAAGAUUGCAUUCCUUACAGUAAGUCCAUUUGUAAUGGAAUGAAUGCAGAAUUUAUAGAUUAGAGAAUACUUGUGUGGUAAAGUAAAAUCUAAGAUGUUGGUGUAUUGCAUCAUUUAAUUGCUAAAACAAACAUAUCAUAUUUUUGUGUGCGGAAUUGAGCAAAUGCCACAGCUAGUUUUGGUGAAACAUUGCUUAAAAUUCAGGUGCACAUUGUGCACACUUUUUCAAAAAUUAAUUUAAAUGGUUGAAAUUAGGUACACACUAAUGGCAGAGUUUAAAAAUAUUCUAAAAAGCAGCAUCUACAGAGAGCCAAACAGAAUUAACUUUUCAGAUAGAACUCUUGACAAGAAAUGUUAAAUCUGCUUCUCUUUUAUGACCUGCUGAGAUUUAAAAUGUUCUUUAUACAUUUCAAAUUUCUAAUGCUCUUUCAACAGCCCAGGUUGUCUUUCACAAAACCAUAAUUGGAAAGUUAUGACUUGUAUUUGAAACGAGUCAGAAAUCUUUGCUUGGACACUAAUAUAGGCUGAGUUCGUGAAACUAGUUGCAACACAGUUGAAAGGGAAAUGGUGUGAAGAUGACCAGUGGGUGUAUUGUUUACUGGUACCUCUUUAUGUUUUACAUAAAUCUAUAAAUGAGUCUAUAUUUCCAGUUGUAGUAAUGCGAGCUACCUUCUACAGGAAGGUUAUUUCUUUACAUUAAGAAUGUCUCAUUUAAAUAAAUCUAACUUUGCAGGUUUGUUUUAGAUUAGGACAAGAGAAAACAUUUAUAUGUGAGAAUGCUGCCUGAUUUUGAAUAAAUAUAACAAUCAUUGUACAAGUCUGAAGGGAAAACUCCCAAGACAUGAAUGAUAGCAAUUAUUUCAAUCCAACCUGUGAUAAAUAAGUGGGAUAAAAGUCUUUAUUCAGAACAUAAUAUCCUGUAAGCUAAACUAACUGGAUUAGUAUUUUCAAUUCCAGCAUUUAAAGUGUAUCCAAACUCCAAUAAGAAGGUGAAUUUAACCCUUUUCACACAAUUAUAUUUUUUCAUGUCAACUAAAGCACAAGCAAGUGCAUGCUGCUUGAGAAAUUGAAUUUUCAUAAUGUUAGAUGUAUUUUUUCAAAGUUGUAUAAAGGUACAGUUGUUUUUAUAGAUGCAUAACUGAGUAAAGUGAUAGAUUAUUGUUGCAACAUAUAUAUAGUAAAUAGUCAAAGUUGUAGCUUUGUCUACAGAAUAUGUGCAAAAUGUAUAUUUUUAGCACUUUCAUAUACAUUAAUCCUUUAAGAGUAUCUCUUGAAGGCCGUAUCUUUAACCAUCAUUACAAACUUGUUUCAAAUGCCAUUGGAUUUCAUAUUAGACCAUUAGACUAUAAAAUAAAUGUGUAUGUAAAAUGUUACAUUUUUUAUUUAACUUUUAGCAGGUACAAAUGUCAUAGCAUUUCUUUUAUUAAAAUUUGUCAUAUUUGCUUGCACAGUUGCUGUGUCUCAAUUAGGGAGUUUACUACUUUACAAUGAUACAAUAAUCAGUAUAUGUCAUGAUAGUUCUUUUGCUGCUGCCGUCCCAUCAACUCCCUGUAAAUAGAUAUUUAUACAGAAGGGAAAGUAAACACAAAUGAAACUAUUGUGGUACAAGUGAAGCAAAUUGAUGGGGAACACUCCUGCAACUUUAUUUUUGAAGUAUAUAUUUUGCUGCUAAUUCACAUUGGUUGGAGGAAGCCAGUCCUCGUGGUGCUAUGAACUUUCCCUUUCUUCAAUUAACACUACAAUUAUAUCAUCCAAUUAAAGUAUGGUAGCUCAAAUAGCAAAAUGUGCAACAUCCAUACGUACAAUACCCUUUGUGUGAAGUUACAAUACAUUAUGCAGUUGUUGUAAAAGGUGUUGGAAAGAAUUGUCUGGUCCAAAACUGAUCUAGCAUUGACAUGCUUUGCAGCUAUGGUGGAUUUAAUUCUGAAAAUCAUUUUAGCAUAUUGUGCACAAGAUUAUUCCCUCCCUACUCUCCCUGUCCCAAUGGAAUUACUAAAUCUAUUUCAUAAUGCAUUCACAUUUUGCAGCCCCAUGAAGAAAAAUAAUUCCAAAGCUAAACUGUUCCCCUUUCCCUUUUUGUAUUAUGGAAGUGUACGGUAUUAAUGGAUUUUAAGUGACUAUGAAAUAGAUGCAAAUACAAUUAGAUAUUUAAUUGGUUUGAAGCAAUGGAAGUAAUCGAUGGAAGAAACUAACUGCAUUCCAAAUUGAACUUUUGUACUACUUUGUAUUUUAUCAAUUGUUAUUUUGUUCGGAAUGGAAAACACAAUGCUUAUGUAUACACUUAUCAAUGUAUUUACGAACUACUGGUAUCUGUACAAAUAUAGACAUAAAAGAUGGUUUUAAAAAAAAAGCUUUUACAACUUAAAACUGCAGUAAAAAAACUUUAGAAUUUAAUCUUUACAUCCAAAGAAAUGCUUCAAAAGCAAUCUGAUUAUUUAUUGUGCCAGAUAACCUGCAUUUUUGUAAACACAUGUACUAUAAUAAAACAGUUCUGCUGCA